CCGUGCAUCGCACGCAAUGAGUACCGGGAUCCCUUGGGAAAAUUAGCCCGACUCCUCGGAAUGCAUCAUGAUCUACAUCUGGAUUACCUCCAACUCGUUUGUAUAGUGUAAUCCAGACUUCCGCAGCACUCAGGGAAGAGAGUUUCCUGGACAACGCAAGUGAGCUCACCUAUCCCUAAUAUCGUCCACUCGGUGUGAGAUUGGUCGUGCACGAAUUGAAUGCGGAGAAGGUGCGAUCCGAGAAAGUGGAUGUGAAUGCUCUGCAGAGCUGUCCAGAUCGUAGUUACGACAUCGACUGCGGACUACAGGCGUUUUUCUGCCAGGAAUGUCAAACACUAGAUCUUACUGCCAUAUGCGGCAGAUAUCAUCUGCCAUGCGUUCCAUAGAUAUCUUCGGACUCUCCGCUUCCUGUUCUCUGCCGACGCCGAUGCCUGGCCCAUCGUAAUACCCGUGCCUGCUUCACUCCAAAUGGGACCUAUAGAGGAAGGCAUUGCUCCAGUCUAGUCCACGAGAUGACAGAAGCAUGGACCGAUACAGUUUCGAACGAUCUCUUUCGCCGGCAAUCCAAUCCGCAAACCUCUCAACUGAGCACCUCCGUGUACAUCUGGAGCCUGCUGACUACGACCCGUCGCCUUUGGUCGCAUCCAUGCGAGAUCACGAGACAAGAGCUGGCUGGGGUAGCUGAAAAUUCUCGGCUCCGUGUGCCUCCGCCGCUGUCUUCCCAUCGGGUGAGUUUCGCCGCAGGACUCACGAACAUCUCCACAUCAACGCGCGGGGGCUAACAUCCAAAACCACGUCAUCGGAUAUUACGGCCGGCUGCGCGUCUGACCACCGCCAGAUCUUCGCCCCGACAUGUUCACAAUCCGAUUGGCGAUCGGCCGAGAGAUUAACCGAGGAGCUCAAAGCGGAGAGGACCGGAACCGCGUGCGUCUUGGGGCAGAUGAAUCUCUUUGAUCAUAGGGCUUGUGAGCAGGCUCAGUAACAAAU